GAUUAUCCGGGCACACAGUUUUCAAUGUGGAUUAGAGACGGACAGCAACUUCAAAAUUUGGUAACGAUCAGACUAGAAGGUUGCCAAGGAUGCCAACAACUCCCACCCCUGGAGCAAUUACCUUAUCUUAAAGAACUCACUAUUAGUAGAAUGGAUGGCAUCAAAUACAUUAUUAAUAACACGACAGGCGAUGCAUUAUCAUUAUUCCCUGCAUUGAGGUUUCUGAGGUUGCGUGAAAUGGCUAAUCUAGAAGGGUGGUAUCCGGGGGAGGAUAGAGAAACUGCUCCACCCAUGUUUCCAUGCCUUGUUAAUGUGACGAUUACUCGUUGCCCGAAGUUGACAACCAUGCCACCACAAAUUCCAACUCUCAUAGAUUUAUCCAUAACAGAAUCAUACUGCGGGACACAAAUCGCACUCAUGUCCAAGGAGAAGGGGUUCUUCAAGCAUUUGAAAUCUCUUGAAGCAUUGUCUCUAGAGAGAUGUGAGGAGUUGACUUUGCUACUGGAAGACAAGGAGGACACAAGACCCUUAAGCUCAUCACUUCGUUAUUUAGAUAUUAAUGAUUGCAGUCAGUUCUCAUUAUUAGCGGCUUUGCGGAACCUCACCUCUCUCGAAACUCUCGCGAUGGGUCAUUUUGAAGAACUAUUGUCCUGGCCGGAUGAAAUGUUGAGAGAUUCUGAGUCCCUCAGAGAGCUGCGUUUAUAUUUUUGCAAAAAUUUGAUAGGUGCAUCAUCACAAGGAGAUUGUGGUCUACCGUUUCUAGAGGAUCUUGGUGUUUUUGAUUGUGAUGCGCUGAUAGAAUUGCCCAAGUGCCCCACAUUACUCAAGAGCUUGUCUGUUUUCCGAUGUCCAAACAUCAAGUUUUUAUGUUCAGAUAUGGGACACCUCACUUCAUUAUUUAAACUAGAGUUAUCAAAAUGCCCUGUGCUAGAGUCUCUACCAGAAGGGAUGCAAGGCCUUACUUCCCUUCAGAAGCUAUAUAUUAAAGAUUGUCCAGCACUGAAGUCAUUCCCAGAAGGCCUCCAACAGCGGCUUCCUACUCUUAAAAGGCUUUAAAUCAGUGGAUGCCCUAAGCUAGAGAGGCGAUGCGGGCCAUGAGGAGAGUAUUUCCACCUUGUCUCUAGCAUCUCAGAAAGAUCCAUAGAAAGCAGCUCUAGAAGGACACUACUAGCACCUUGUCUAUAACAUCAUGAAAGCAUAAAUGUUCUCAUUUUUGCAGUUUCCCUGAGUUGAUCUCAUUGUCCAAACCAACUUCCAGCCAUUUUAUCAGUGACUAUACUGCAGCAAGUGGGACCACACUUCAUUAUCAAGAGGAUGAGAUGCCCAGCUGAUUCACAUAUUGUUUUGCACAAGAAUUUUGGGCUUUUCUCUUCAAAGAAUUGGACUUGUAUUAGCUUUAUGCUAUCUGUGACUAAGCAAAUCUCCAAAGGAUAAAGGCUCAACAUGUUAAGAUAAAACCCCCCAGCCCCCAGGAGAAAUAAAAAAUUGGCUUGGUUUUCCCGAUCGAACUCAGGAAGAAUUUGGAGUUGCUGGUGGUUAUUUCUUGGCAACAAGUAGAAAAGUUCAUUACAUUAUAGAUGGAUCCUCAGAUGCUGUUAUCUAUCAUCAGCAAUCAGCAGAAGCUUAUUGCUUGGAGAAUCAAAGCCAUUGUUGCAUGUUUUACCUAUAGAAUGAGUUUGAGAAUGAAAAGAAUUCCUCUUCUGAUUUCAGAAUUGAUUACAAAAAUUGUGUAUUGUUGAUUCUG